AUGGCUACCCAUCUUCAUCUAAAUCAUGUAAGAAAAUCUUUUCUAAGUUACAAUAAAACGAUCUGGGGCCCUUUGGAGCUUGUCGAGAAACUGUACCCAGAAGCUGAGGAGAUCGCUGCCAGUGUGCGAGACUUACCUGGACUCAAGACUCCAUUGGGACGUGCUCGGGCUUGGUUACGAUUGGCACUGAUGCAAAAAAAGAUGGCGGACUAUCUACGAUGUCUCAUCAUUCGGAGAGACCUUCUCAGUGAAUUUUAUGAAUAUCACGCCCUGAUGAUGGAAGAGGAAGGCGUCGUCAUCGUUGGCUUGCUCGUUGGCUUGAAUGUAAUAGAUGCCAACCUGUGUGUGAAAGGAGAAGACUUGGACUCACAAGUUGGUGUGAUUGAUUUCUCUAUGUAUUUGAAGAAUGAAGAUGAUACUGAAAGCAAAGAAAGAAAUGACCAUAUUGCUGCUAUAUUGGAUCAAAAGAAUUACGUUGAAGAAUUAAACCGACAGCUGAAUAGCACAGUCAGCAGCCUCCACUCACGUGUCGAUUCAUUAGAGAAGUCAAACACUAAGCUAAUCGAAGAGUUAGCAAUAGCCAAAAAUAACAUCAUCAAACUUCAAGAAGAAAACCAUCACUUAAGAAGCGAGAAUACACUCAUUUUAAUGAAAACACAGCGGCAUCUAGAGGUGAACAAAGUGGAUGCUGAAGCAGAACUCCAGACAUACAAGCACUCCAGACAGAGCCUGGAUGAAAUGUACAAUGAAGCACACAGACAACUUCGGGAAGAAUCACAGUUGCGACAAGAUAUAGAGAAUGAGCUGAUGGUCCAAGUUGGUAUGAAGCAUGAGAUAGAACUUGCCAUGAAGCUGCUGGAGAAAGAUAUACAUGAAAAACAAGAUACCCUUAUAAGUCUGCGGCAACAAUUGGAGGAAGUCAAAGCAAUCAAUAUAGAGAUGUACCAAAAGUUGCAGGGAUCUGAUGAUGCCCUGAAAGAGAAGAAUGAAAUAAUUGGUCGUCUGGAGAAUAAGACUAGUCAGAUCACUGCAACUAUGAAGCAACUGGAACAAAGAUUGCAGCAAGCUGAGAAGGCUCAAAUGGAGGCAGAGAAUGCGGACAAGAGAUUUAAGCAAGACUAUAUGAGUAAAUCUGAAAGUCUGCAGAAAGAAAUCGCCCAAAAGGAGAAACAAUUAGGUUUCAUGCCUGUGAAUGUGGAUGUGAAUGAGUUCCUGAAGUUACAGGAAAAAAACAAGCAGUUGAAAAAUCUAUGUCAUGACCAAGAAGAAGCUCUCCAAGAACUAGCUGGCAAACUGAGCGAGUCAAAGCUUAAAAUAGAAGAUAUUAAAGAAGCAAACAAAACAUUGCAGGGGCAGGUCUGGCUAAAGGACAAAGAAGCUACUCACUGCAAAUUAUGCGAAAAGGAGUUUUCUCUAUCCAAAAGAAAGCAUCACUGUAGGAACUGUGGUGAAAUUUUCUGUAAUGCCUGCUCAGACAACGAACUGCCUUUACCGUCUUCGCCAAAGCCUGUACGAGUCUGUGAUUCCUGUCACGCGUUGCUCAUACAGAGGUGCUCUUCCAAUGUGCCAUGAGUGUCAUUUGCGGAUUUACAAAACAUUGUACUUCCACUACAAUGGUAGAUACUACAGGUGUUGCUGUACAGAGUUGUGCAACACUGGCUAAUGCUUUUGCAUCUUCCAAGUCAUCCAACCACCCAAUCUGAAACCAUUGUGCCAUUGUGAUAGUCCUGCAGUGCCAGCAUGAGGUCAGUUUGCAAUGCUAUGCCAGUGCAGCAAUUGGCAUGCCUCAUCUGAAGAAUGUAUUUUUUUUACAUUUUAUGGUUGGUCCUUAAGGAUAUAAGGCAUGACUUUUUGUAUUCGAUACAGCUGAUGUUUUUACUGUGCAGGCGGACCAUUCAAACGUCUAGUGCAGAACCACGCCUCCUUGGCCUUUUUUGUUUUUCAAAAAUUCCUAGCUUGGGGUUAAGAUGGCAGCAGCUGGAGCUCGGAAAUCAGAGAGGAGCUGGACGAGGGUUCACUAAGACUCACUAUCCAGCGUGCCGCUUUGUAUCCCACUCCCAUUAUCCAUCCUCAACAAAAAGAUUAUUUGAACUGCUUCACUGUGGACACACAAUUUUGCAAAUUAAAUAUAAGCAAAUGAAUCUAACUGAUCUAGUUUUUCUGUUGGCAGUAUCGGGUUUCCUUUGGCGUAGAAUUUGGCAUGUCGAUCCUCCAUUAAUAAUCUAGCAAAUUUUGGCUCUCAGGAUUCUAGUGUUUGAUUCCAUCAAUUUCUGGACAGAUAAGGGGGAGACAGAUAUCUGACACAGGAGGGAGGGGACUGUGCUUGGCAGGGAGGCUCCGGGCAGCUGAGGCCCCACCUUGGAGAGAGGCUUGCCAACAUCCCUAAAGGACCUUCUGGGUGGGGGGAGGUAACUCCCCAGUUUGCAUGAUGCACGGAGUGUUAUGGGAAAAGGAGGAGCAAAGCUUGGAGAAGGCCUGGACUUGA